AUGUCCGCUAAAGUUGCUAGUGAAGUAUCGAAGAAGAUUGAACUGAACAACCUAGAUAAUCCCAACUCGAUACUGAAUCUUCUGAGAAGUUACGGAUUCUCUGAUACACAUAUAUCCAAAAUUGUGAAAAGGUUUCCCCGAGUGCUUUUUGCAAACCCUGAGCAUAACCUCUUGCCCAGGCUAAAAUUUAUCCACUCUAUAGGGUUUUCAGCUCCCGAAACGCCAGAACUCUUCUCAUAUAACCCUUCACUACUAUCACAUAGCUUAGAGAAACGUAUAAUUCCCUUCUAUGAAGCCCUUAAAAGAGUACUUGAUGACGAUUGGAAAGUAAGGAAAUGUCUAAGAUGCUUUACUUGGAGUAUGUCCUCCUAUGAUGUAAAGAAUAUAUUUCCAAAUGUAAAGGUUUUGAGAGAUGAAGGAGUUCCUCAAUAUGCUGUCUUUACUCUGUUAUCUAAACGUGCAUAUCUUGCAUUUAUGAGUCCAUCAAUGUUUGUUGAAUAUGUCAACUUCAUCAAGGGAACAGGAAUCAUGCCUUUCGAGGCUCCGUUUGUUGAAGCACUUUUGGUCAUAACAAAGUUGAGUAAAUCAACCUGGGAAUCGAAACUGGAUAUCUUCGAGAGGCUUGGCUGGUCCAGAGAUGUCACUCUUUUGGCAUUCAGUAAGUUUCCACCUUUGAUGUGUAUGUCAGAGAAAAAUAUCACAGACACAAUGAAGUUUUUGGUGGAUGAAAUGGAUUUACCGUUGAAAGAUAUAGCUAGAUGCCCAGCAAUUCUUGGCCUUAGCUUGACGAAGAGGAUUAUUCCUAGAUGGUCAGUGGUUAAAAUAUUGAAAAUGAAGGGUUUAAUCAAGGAUGAUAGAUCCCCAUUUACCGUCAUUAUUCCGAGUGAGAAAAGGUUUCUGCAAGAUUUUGUGAUUAAAUUUCAGGAAAGUGUUCCUGAGCUACUGAAACUCUAUAGAGAGGAAUCGAGAUCUUUACCUGAAGCUCAGGCCUAG